UUGGCGGUUUAGUUGGAUAGCACUUCUUGGUCGCGAAACCUAAAGGAUAUUUUGCAGAAAUGAAUAGUCUAACAUUAUCUUGCCUUGUCUUUCUACAGUUGAUCUUUGUGGAGUCCACUUUGAUAUUUCAAACCAACUCGGAAUUCGGUAUUUUUAUGGCCAUAUCAGUGCCACUUACUUUGAAGAAUCGCAAUGUGUUCCUUUCGUACAACUAUGAAUUCAACUACUACCAGCCCGAGCACAUCUACAAGUAUCCUCCGAUAUUGAUGGGUGAUAACUGGGAGGAUAGUUAUUUGACGUAUAACACCACUGGUGGAGAUGAUAGUAGCAGCAGCAGCAGCAGAUCCUUUCGUUCUGUGGAUGAUAAUAGUUCAACCAAAAAACGAACUUUACCGAUCAUGAGUCGAACGAAUUUCUACAUUAUGCUCAAGGAUAAAUUGGAAAGAUCGGGAUACCCUGCUGAGUCCUGCCUCCUUCGCUUGAUUUGCGAAACGAAUUCCUCAACGCUUGGCCAAGUCAAUGGACUCUUGGGCAGCAUAGUGCAUAUCUUGUUCACACCCAGCAGCUCUAAUGACGAGAAUCUCGAUAAAGACUACUACCAAGCCGAAUGGGAUGGCCUUCGCCAUGGCGACUGCUCAUCUUAUGCUAGCCAAUGUGAAGAGAAUGUACUGGACUUGAUAUCAAGGCCAUUGCAUGAUGUUCUUAGGGAAGCACUGGAUAGACGAAAUGGAAGACCAUAAACUGGAUGGUAAAUCAGGCGCUUAUGGUUUGAUCUGCAU